AUGGCAGGGACGACUCCAAUAUCGAUUUUUGGGCCAGAUCAUUACAGAACCCUCACACCGAGACGACGCCGCAACCGUCAGACGUUCAGUUGUCUGCCAUGCCGGGAACACAAGGUCAAAUGUAAUCGAGCCAUCCCCUGCCAGAGCUGUGAAAGGAACGGCCGCGAGUUCGAAUGUCUUGUUAAUCCGCCAUUGUAUCGCGGUGGUCAGCCAAGCAGACACCGCCAGCGUCAUCCCGUGCUUUUGUCAGCUGUCAUAGCAUCAUCUGAAAAUGCUGUACCUCUUGCCCAGCGGAAUCCGGAAGAUGCCGGACUGGACAUGAAUUAUGAUUGCCAAGUACAUGACCAGCAUGAUCAAGGCAACGCUGAUCAUGUCGACUCAGGCCUGGGAAGUGCGUCCAACAACGGAGUGUGGGAUGAUGUGGAUUGUCUUUGGGACUGGGGUGCGCUCUCAAAUCAAGUUCUCAGGGCCAAUACAUUCACUGAUAUCCGGCCAUCAUUGCCAUGCGUCGUGCCUACAUCCGGAUUGCAACAUGAGCAGCCGCAGUCUUCUUCAACCACAGGUCGUAUAUCAUCAUUGCUAUUCGAGGAGCCAGAUGAGUGUGACUGGCGGCGACGACUUAUUGAUACUCUGCCCACUCGGUCACAAUGUGAUUUCUUGACUUCGUAUUUCUUUGAGAAUAUUAACUACGUAUACCAAGUCCUUCAUGCGCCGUCAUUUCGACAACAAUACACAGAGUAUUCCGCUGCUAAAUGGAAAGACGUUGACUUUGCCUGGCUGUCGUUGCUUUAUUCCAUGCUGUCUCUCAGCAUCCUAUACAUUCCUCCGGAUCUCUGUAUAUUUCUGGGAUUCGAAGAGGCUGAAGUGAAACUUCUACCUCGCUCAUGGCAUUUGGCUUCAAGACAGUGUUUUUGCCUGGGUCAGGCUGUUCGUGCUGCGCAAGCGUUGGGCCUCGACGUCGAUUCUUCUCCAUCAACUUCUCUGGAGCAGGAGAUGCGACACCGUAUCUGGUGGGAACUUUGCUCGUCUGACACUUUCCAAGCAAUGUGCCUCAAUCGACAGCCAAUGAUACAGUCUCAUAUCUCGCGUGUACCGAUUCCACUAAACUGUAACGAUGAAGAUAUGACCACCACAAGAAUCUCGCCACGGGACAUGGGCGAACCCACCAUAGCAGCCUUUAGCGUGAUUAGAGCUCGAGUGACGAGGUUGCUCAACAAGCUCUACAUAAACAAUGGCAACGGGCUAUCAUCCCUUGAAUAUGUCGCAAGCAUUGAUCGGGAACUUUGCAAAAUCCUGAACCGACUACCCUGGUAUCUCCGAAUCAAUAAGGACGGAGUUCGCGCUGUACCUCAGCUUCCCACGGAAUAUGCAGUGAUCCCCUGGCAACACCACCUAUUCCAUACAUUUGUAUGCGUCCAGCGCAUUCGCAUGUAUAUAUGCUUUCUGGGCGACUCUAAUCCUAAGGCUAGCUCCGCGCAGUCAAUCUGCCUGGAAUCUGCAAUGGAUGCAUUUUCCGUUUAUCGAUCAAUUAAAAAGCAACAGUCGGACUCAUUGAUUAUGACACACCAACGAUUUGCCACGGAGUCGUAUCAAAUAUUCUCUACAGGUGUUGCAUUGGCUUUGUUUCUUCUCAUGGGACGCCUUCCAGAUCCUCAUUUCCAGCUGCGCGGUGAUGUGGAGAUGGUGAUUUCAGAGCUCGAGGCCUUGGAAACACGAGGUAUCUCGGUUCCGACGAGCGUCAAUGGAUCGCGACUCCUUCGGAAGAUGCUCGAUAUAUAUGACUAUAAUAGUAACAAGCAUCACCACCACAACAGGAAUGAGAAUGGAAGCGCAGAUCCCACUCUAGUCCAUGGGAUUUCCUCUGUGAUCGGCGGAGAGACUCGCACGCGACAGUAUUUGCAAAGAUGUACAAUCGACUACAUAAUGAACAGCAGCAGCAGCAGCGAUGACUCCGAGAACAGUUGGUAUACACCGCAGGAUUCAUUAUCAUCUGUUGGCGAGACUUCAGGACUUAUUAAUACCAGAAAGCAGUACAGUCACGCAAAUGACUACACUGGCUCAUCUCUACACAUAUUAGGUCAACCCAGCAUGUCGUCUUUCCCGAUUGAAGAAUUAGGCAUAUGA